AAUUGUUCGACGUUGGCUCACGGGAAAAGAAUUAGUUUGUGUGCUUUUUUUCAUGAAGGUCCUUAUGCUGCUGCUGCUGCUGCUGCUGAUGAUGAUGAUGAUGAUGAUGACUACACAAUAUACGUUAGUGUUAAUUAGUGUUGUUGAUGAUAGUGGUAAUGAUAUAUGCUGUUGGUGUUUAAAAUUUGGCAGUUUUUUAUUGCCCAUAUUUCCUUUGUUAUUGAUUGCAAAGAACUGACGAAUGAACAUACUGUUCAGGACGUCAACAAGGACUCGCCUAAAAGUGGUGCCUUGAGCGGCCGUGGCCACCUUCAAGCUGCCCCAAAGAGAUUUCUCCCAUUGUUGGCACCUCUACUAAGCGGCCAUCAAGCGCUUGUUACACUUCCUUUAUUGGCUUCAUUUUAAGAAUAUGAUGAACGAAAAAACAGUCGAGAUAGUGACGACCUAUUGUGGACUAGUUAUGCUUCUCCCGUCGCCCGUUUGUUUCAAAAUAAACUGAUGUUUCUGCUAAAGUUUAUGCGGUUUUAUGACAAACCUCUAUUGCGCGACCAACCUUCAUUGAGCAGCCACUUGCCAGUAACCCGAAAAGAUAAAAGGUGGCCGCCUAAUAAAGGUUCAACUAUAUUUGCAAGCUUUAACGGGCGAAUUUGUAAGUACUUUACUAGCUCAAAUCGAUAAAAACAUUCGGUAUAUCCACAGCUAUGUAUCUUUGGUUACCGAAACCAAAUAGUUGUCGAGUGUAUAAACGUGGUGACUGAUAAAUAACACUUUACCUUUGAGGAGGUCAACUCAUGCACAGAUUUAAAUUUCUUAAUGAAGAUCCUUUUGGCUUGGUGUUUCCUUAACUAAAUCCGGUGACAGCUUUCGUGCAAAACAUUAUGGUGUGUUACAAUGAUCAGUAUUUAUCUGAAGCGCAAAAAUUGUGGUUUUACCAUAUGGCCGUAUAUCUUUUUGUGAUCUGAUUAAUCACACAGAUAUUUCCAGUUAAUUUUAUAUACGUGCAUCUUCACGAGUUGAUUCUGAUUGGGAUGGGCGAUUCACGUUUCUUGUUAGCCCUAAGUUAUUAAGGUGUGUCCUUUUCUCCUAAACAUUAUCAUGUGCAAAAGGGUUUGAUUCGGCAGAAUUGAAGCAAAAUAACACGAAGAUAAUUCCCUUUUCACAUGCAGCACCGGUAAUAUAUGAUACCUUUCGUUUGAUUGGAAACCUAGAGUUAUAUAAAGAUACCUUUUUAUAACAUAAUUCGCGAGGAUUUCCUAUCGAGGCAUAUACGUACGAUAGGUCAGUUUUGCAGUUAAGUAAUACAUUUUUUCGUUACACGGCAGUCAUAAGCUACGCAUAUCCUUUAUUAAAUGUAAGGCUCGAGGAAUUAUUCAUCUAUGGCUAGCAUACGUUUUCUUUCAUACCUAACACUUAUUCUCAAAAAUGGAGUUAUUACAUAAUUUUGCCCAUUUUUGCCUUUUUUUUUCAUUAUGGCCGUGCGAGUGUAAGUUUCUCAAAUUCCGUUAUUUCCUUGAAGGGUCAACUUACAUUUCAUAUUUCCUGGUUCACUUGACUACCUUUUCUUGGUUUUUCGAUUUUGAUACAAUUGGUUUUUGAUUUUGGAACUGCCCGUUUCUUUAUCUUCUUGCGCGACAUCUGCAGCACAGAUACAGUUUUCGAGAUAUUAUGCAAUCCCAUCUCAGAUAAGCAGUAUAACACACAAAUGCUGUUUUAUACUAUUUGAAGGGAUCUUACAAGAUAACAAUGCAAGUUGUGUUCAUUCUCGCAUAGGAUAAAAGGAUUAUUUGUUUUCGUCCAAUUUUUUUCUUUAGUUAUUAAUCUCCGGCUUCAAGUCAUCUAUAUUUCGCAAAUGCAUUGCAACCAGUUAUUUUUUUACCACCUGAUUAGUUUUAUACUGUUCAAAAGUCGUAAAAUUAAAUGCAACAUUAAAAACGUGCUUCGACUGCAUAAGUACAUGUAAUUCCGUGUGUUUGUAUGGCUGGAUCGAAGAAAAGGUUAUUUUGGUAGAGGAAGUCGAGACUGAAUUGACCGUACGUUCGCAUUUGAAUUGAUGCCUAAGUUUAUAAUUCCAUAAUUUAAGGGUGCAUUUUCUCGUGUGACUCUUGUCAAUAACAUCUUGUUCGUUUAAAUUGAAACCUUGAACUUGACUGACAAUUUCCUCCUUGACAACGUAAAAAAAUUGUCAAGUUUUUCCAUUUCCACGACCAAGGAAAACAUGCCAAGGAAGUCAAGGAAAUUUUGAAAGAAAAAAAAUAAAAGAUGUUUUAUUCGUUUUCAACAUUCGUAUGAUAAAAUUCCAUUUUUGGAAAAGAGGACGUACUACUCCUUUUCCAGCGAAUUGUUAACAAAAGUCAUUGAAGUAGUAUUGAAGGGGACAUUGAAGAAACCCUGUAAUCAAAGUUACUAUAUUUUUUGUAGUUCAUUGAAAACAUCUUAGCACAGACAGCACAUUGUCAGUAUAUCGUAGUUUGCAAUUCACAACAAACGUACUUCCUUUCAAGAUAGAUUUUGUCGUUGAAUAGCUUGUAAACAUCGUGGAUAUAAUUAACGUACCCUUACCUAACGCAUUUAUCAACGAAUUCCAGAGAGUUAAACAUAUUUCUCUCAAAUAUUAUCACUUGAUUAGAUGUUUGGAAAUAUUUUCCAAAGUACCUUUAAUUUAGAAACCACAUAACAGAUUCCACAUAUUUUGGUGUUGUUUUAAACGGGAAUCAAGCCAAAAAAAGAUAUUGGGCGUCGAAUACGUGACCACUUUGUAAUAAAAAUGUUGUUAUUGAAUGAGACUAAAUCUUGCGACUUCCUCUUGAAUUUCCUUGAUUUGAAAUGUCGUCAGUAUUUUCCCCUUCAAGUAAAUUUACUGUAAACGAUGAUGUUUCCAAAGUCGGAAAAAGGAAGCGCAGUACGUUGUCAUUUAACUUUAUUACUAUUGCGGAUCCCAUAGCCAUUUUCGCGUGUGUUUGCUUUUGCUUAAAGGAAAAUAAAUAGCACAAAUUUAUGGAAUAUUAAGUGCGAAACAAUGAGGAAAAGUAUAAUUGUUCUUGAUAUGCUAAUUUUAUUAUUUCCGUGCUCGUUCUCCGGCCUGUGGAUCGAUUACCGCAGAUCUUAUCGACAAUAAAGGAAACUUGAAAAUCGGUCGCGAAAGUUUUUACCCUUAAGAGGAAAGUAAAAGGAAAAACUCCAAUUGCGCGCUUUGAGAGAGAGUUACAUUCGAACGCACCCCUGUCUGAAAAAGUAAAGCCACUUUUAUCCUAUAUAAAGGAACUAUCAUGUUUAUUAUUCUAUCAUUUCAAAUUCUACCGCUAUGUCUUCAAAACCAUAUUAGGAUUCAAAAGGCUAUUACAGCAGGAUACGUGUGACAAAUUUGAGAAAAAUAGGCACAUUAUUUGGUGUGGUGCAAAACAUGUUGUUACGGUUUCUAAUGCCAAUAUUACGCGUCAGUUCUAUUCACUUAUCAGGGGCAACCAACGACUUUUUCCCGUAAAACAUCUGUUCGGAGAAGCAAAUAUUGCCUAGAAUUUUCUUUUGCUUGAGGACAGCUAAAAAUUUCUAGAUGAUUCGUUCAUGUACAAUUUUCGAAGCUAAUCUCAUAAAUUCCCUUCGAUUUUCUGAAGUUUAAUUUUUCAUAUUUUACUACCCAGGUUACACUAUUUUUCUUAGAAAAAGAAGACCUAAAAUUUUCGGAUUCUAAAAAGUGAAGGAGAGAGGAAUCAGAAAAAUUCUGACAUUCUCAAAACGCUAAAUUGCACCUAAAAUUUUCGGAAAAAUAAUACUUAAGCUCUUACGAUUUCGAAAAAACUUAAGUUCCUCUAGGAUGACCGUACAGGCGCAAAUUUUGUAGAGCCGUUAGAAUGCAUUUCUAGAGAUCUAAAAGUACUCUGGAUAGCCUAAAAAGUGUUUUCAACGUAUUUUGGAGGAAACCGUCGUUAAGCACCCCUGACUUAUUCUGUCAAUACUACUCUAAAAAUUUAAGAGUGGAAAAGGAUGUUUCAGCUGCUUAUAAACAUUAAAGAAAAACUGGAAACAAACGUAAAUGCAAUUUUCAAGCAAAAGCUGGAUUGUAGAGAUAUUAACGACACGUAAAAGAAUCCAUUCUAAUAUAUUAAGUAGUCUAGGUGCGGUUAUUUCUGCACGAGGUUUUCAACUCACGUGUUUAAAGUAGACCGGACAUAGGACUUAACAAAUAAGAUUCAGUUACUGUAUCUCUGAUUAAUGAGUUCCAGGCAUUAGUGCGAUAACAUGUAAAAUCUAAAAACGUGGCAGUGCCGGUUGGUAUUUCAGGCCUUUAGUUCAGUGGACAUUUCCUUGAAUUCUAACCUCGAAAAAACAAAAGCUGCUCAAGGUAAGGUUUUAAAGAAGCAUUAAAAUGAAUUUAUCAGCCAAUAUAUGUAUCUAUAACUGAACACAGAGGAAAAAAGCCAAGCAUGGUUGUGGUAAGAAAAAUAACAAACUUAUCCCAACGAAAUGAAACCAAGAAUAUGCGAAUAUUUCAAUGGCCUCGCCUUAAAAGUUAAUCGUUUUUAACAACGGAUAGCAUACAACUGGAAUUUACUUCAGCCACCGUAGUUUUGUUUAUGAAACUUAAAACGUAUCGUAAAAUAAUCAUGCGCUCGAAACACUAAAGGAUAAUUACGUCAAUUGUUGAUUUACUUUUUAGAAAAUAUUGAACACAAAUGCUCUCAGUCAGCUCUCAUAGUCGUACUAAUUUCUAGACAUUGUAAACUCUAAACGUCUUAUUCAUGAUUUUAAGACAUUCAGAUCUUGAUUCAAACUGACAUGAUGAUAUUUGUCGCCGUUGGGUCACUAUUUUAAAAGGCUUUUUCGCCAUAAGGAAAUUGCCUAUAGUCUGUAAUUUAUUCAGAUUUGUCGAUUUUGUACUAUAGAAUCAUCCAUAUUUUGGGAGGCGUUCCAACCAUUCUUCGUCAACGGCUUACCCUAAUCGCAGUUCUAUUUUCUUGCUUCUUUUCCUAUUAAACUGGCCUCCUUAGAGUUUUCGCGGAAACAGAAAAUGAAGGCUAAUCAUUGCACCAGUAAGACAAAAAUGCUCUCCUAUUUCAGGCAUGGUAUAAGUGUUUAACAGCAUGGCUCUCUCUUAACGUACAAAUCUCUAAACGAAAUGCUUUUUCAAAGCUCCCGUUAUUGAAAACAUACCCGGCGAACAAGAUCCGGGGGAGCUUGGUGUCAUUGAGGGAGACAGACCCAUCCCCUUUCCCUUCCUCAUCAUCACGUGUUUUCUCACGUUUGUUCUAUCACACACUAGAACGCCUGUUCAAAGGCUACCUAUCCCUCACUAUCAGCUUCUUCAUAGUCAGCCUAUCUCCCACUAGAGAGCUUCUUCACAGGCUACCUAUCUCCCACUAGAAACCUUCUUCCUAGUCUACCUAUCUCCUUUUCACAGGCUACCUAUCCCCUACUAGAAAGUUUCUUCACAGGCUACCUAUCUUCCAGUAGAAUGCCUUUUCACAGGCUACCUAUCUCCUACUAGAGACCUUCUUCCUAGUCUACCUAUCUCCCACUAGAAUGCCUUUUCACAAGUUACCUAUCCCCUACUAGAAAGUUUCUUCACAGGCUACCUAUCUUCCAGUAGAAUGCCUUUUCACAGGCUACCUAUCUCCUACUAGAAACCUUCUUCCUAGUCUACCUAUCUCCCACUAGAAUGCCUUUUCACAGGCUACCUAUCCGCCACUAGAAAGCUUCUUCACAGGCUACAAGAACGAGAAGUCCGAAGACUACAGUAAAGCUGAUUUAAAACAACGUGUAUUGUUUUUUAUAACAAUAUUUCGGCUGGCCAUACCAGCCUUCUUCAGGUUUACAGAUGUCUCAGGCUACCUACCUUCCAGUAGAAUGCCUUUUCACAGGCUACCUAUCUUCUACUAAAAAGCUUCUUCACAGGCUUCCUAUCUUCCAGUAGAAUGCCUUCUCACAGGCUACCUAUCCGCCACUAGAAAGCUUCUUCACAGGCUACCUACCUUCUAGUAUAAUGCCUUUUCACAGGCUACCUAUCUUCUAAAAGAAAGCUUCUUCACAGGCUACCUAUCUUCCAGUAGAAUGCCUUUUCACAGGCUACCUAUCUUCCACUAGAGAGCUUCUUAAAAGGCUGCCUAUCUUACUCUAAAAAGCCUGUUGACAGGCAACAACAACAGGACCGGCUUUCCCUCGCUACUGUUUGUGCAAGUGGUCCUUGCAAGAAUUGUUCGCUGUUCACGGGUUACCUAUCUUCUACUAGAACACCUGUUUGAAGGCUACUAAUUCCGCCAUUCAUAAGACAGCCUCUUCACAGACUAAAUAUCCUCCAUUAGUAAAAUCCCUCACUGGAGAGCCUCACCACAUGCUACCAAUUCCUCACUUUAGAGCUUUUUUUACAGGCUCUCUAUCUUCCACUAGAAAAGCCCUCUUUUUAUUGGGCUACCUAUCUUUUACUAGAAAGCCUGUUCACAGGCUGUUGAGAGCAAAAAGAGCCGUUGAAUGUACCUUCUUGAGAAGAAACCAAUAACGAGAAGGCAGAUCUACUUGAAGAGCUGAGAAAGGAGACAAAUUUGUUUCAAAUUACAAAAAAAAAUCAGAAACAAAUGGAACACUUCUUUUCAGAGGGGAAAAUAAAACUUUUAAACUCAAGGUUUUUUCUGAUAACAAAAAUUUGAUAACAAUGGUGCUGAUAUUUUUAAGUAUCUGUAAGGUUUACUUUAAGAAAUUUCCUUGAUGAGCAGGAAUAAAAUGAUAAAAGCUGUUAUUGACGUUUGCUGUAUGAAAUGUGAUAUUCCAACUGUCAUUAAUUUUGAAAACUAAAGAGACUAUGCAAUUCUAUGUUGCUUUUUAAUUUUACAGGCUUAGAUGAAGAACAAAUAUUGUCAUCGUCGUCCAAUGGGAAGGAGCAUUUUUGUCAAUUCUUAAUUUCCUUUUGAGAUUCUUUGAAUGAGAAUUAGAGCUUUAGUGACAUUCGUUGAUAAAGGAGGACGUGCUACACUGUAAAAAGGUAUGAUUUUAUGGUUUUUUUGUUAUUUUCUUGAUGGAACUUGUUGCUAUUCAAUAUUCAGUUUCGAUUAGAGUGCACAAAAACAGUUUUUUACCAUUAACCAUUUUGUAUGGUAGAAUGCUGUUUUCUAAAUCGAAGACUUCCUUAGUAAAAAUUGCCAUAUUUUGCGUGCAAUUAGUAACAUUUCAUUAGCAAAAAGCUUGUAUUAUUCUUGGCUUGCCGAUUUUGGUUACGAUAAUUAGCGAUUAUUUUUUUAAAUCGGCCACGUUGACUUUCAGUAUCUGAUCGUCUCAAUUGCAAAGUACAGGGCCGACCAUUGACCGUAAGGAUAACUUUCUAUGAAUCAAUGUAAAUUUUUAUUAUAUGCAGAAUGAUUGAAAUGACUACUCCGCUUUACUUAUUUUGACAAGAGUAUAUCCUUAUCAAGCAUGUCCGUUCAAUUUCCGCAUUCUAUUUUAUUUCAAUUAUGAGCUUGUAUUAUUUACUAUAAUAAGAUGGAAACAGGACGCUUCAGAUAUUAAGCUGAUUUCACCAAAAGAAAGUUUGAUAAUAUAACAUAUUCAGCACAAAGAAAAGCACAAGGAUGUCAGACCAUUCUCUGGAUACAAAUUCAUGGAUAGAAAAGCUACUUUUAAUUUCUUAGAAUGAGCUGUUUCAUAAACAAAGGUAUUGUUUUGUGCGGGGAGCGGGGCGGGGGUAACUCCCUUAUCUAGUCUAAAAGGGGAAGUGUCACCUCUCAGGUUAUGGUUUUUUUUUGAUGUCUUGAUUCCUAAACAGAUUUCACCAUUUAGCGUCUUUAACAGUGUGUCUUUCUGGGCCAACAGCCUUAAACAGGGAAUAAACGAUGGCGGUACACGGCCCGUGACAUGUGUGGUACCAGCAAUUUGUUUUUUAAAAAAUCUAAAAUUACUAAGUUAGUUUAAGAUAUAUCUAAAUCUGAAUGUGAAAAUAAGAAAUUACAGGUCCUAUACAGGAUAGAGGAAAAAAUGGUUUUUGUAUUUAACAGGCACAGGGUCGGCUGAAGGAGUCAGCAGCACACCCCUACCCCCACAUUUCCUACGUUUUCCCCGGGAUUGUGUCUCGAGCUUCAGUCAAAAUAUACCCCGAAAUAUUCGCUGCUCGGCCCACCGAGGCACACCAACAGAGUUGAUUGAAGUUUUGUCCUGAGUUCACAUAGCAAGAGAACAAGUUAAAAGUGAUGGACCGAGAACUGGUGGGGGCACAUAAACAAGGAGCGCAGUCUGGUUCUUAUUUCCUUUGACACUUAUUUCUUGUUUGCAUUUUUAGACCAUAUUCAGAAGACCCAGAAAUGAAUCAUUCAACAGCGUCGCAAUUUUCGCUUCAAGCGCGAGGUUCCCUUGAAGCCGCACUUGAGAUACUGGUAACAACCUGUUUAAUAGUAUGUGGAACAUGUGGCAACGCACUGAUAUUCAUCGCAGUCUGGAAAGAAAAGGCACUAAGAACGAUGACCAAUGUGUUUGUUGUAAACCUAGCAGUGACUGACUUUUUGUUUUCCACAACUGUGUUACCGCUCACUGUUGGGACAUUUAUCCAGGGCCGGUGGACACUAGGCAUGCGUGGUUGUCAGCUGCAGGGCCUCUUGUUUGGUACUGUUCUAAACGCCACCCUUAUGACCAUGACAGCAAUAAGCAUCAAUCGCUUUAUCAUGAUUCGUCACAGGGCAAGGUAUCAAACCGUUUACACGAGAAGGAACGUUUUCUGCAUGUUAGUGGUAAUUUGGUGCUACGCUGUUGUAUCAUCGAGUCGGCCGUUCUAUGGGUUGGGAAGAUAUUACUUUAAUCAAUACAAUGGCGUUUGCUCUUUAGAUAAAAAACCUGGAACCGCCAGCAGGAUAUCACGGGUUCUGGCUUAUCUGUCAUUAUAUGCAAAUAUCAUCGUCAUAAUACGGUGUUAUAUUGGGAUAUAUCGCACAGUUAGUCGACACAGAAAGCAAAUAAAGAGCGCCCAAGACUGCCAUGGUAGACUUGGAACGAAAAACCGCGUAUUCGGGGGAGACGAUGUCCACAUUGCAAAAACAUUGUUCAUCGUGAUUAUCUUAUUUGGAAUAUGUUGGUUUCCAGCCGCUAUCGCGGGUAUUGUUGUUGUUUUUGGUGUAAAUAUUCCUGGAAUUUUACAAGAGGUUUUAAUGUUAACUGUUUGUUUAGCUUCUUCAGUAAAUCCAAUCGUAUAUGUUAUCAGAAACCGGCGAUUUCGGAAAAUUUUCCAGAGAAUAAUUAAACUACAGGUUUCCACGAUGGAUCCCGUAGUGAGGAUCGUUCUUCAGCCUCAGAAGGCUAGGACAAUACUUUAG